AUGUCGGACAAGUCGUGGCCCGGAGGAGGCGAGGCGGAGACGCGGACGGAGGUCAUCUCGGCGGCGUGCGCGUGCUGCGGGCUGACGGAGGACUGCACGCCGGAGUACGUCGAGUCGGUCCGGGAGCGGUUCGGCGGGCGUUGGGUGUGCGGUCUAUGCGGCGAGGCGGUCGAGGACGAAAUCGGCCGCGCCGGGAGGUGGAUCUCCACCGAGGAGGCGCUCAGCCGCCACAUGAGCUUCUCCGAGAGCUUCCGCGCCGCCGGUCCGCCUGUCGACACCGCGGAGCCCAUGAUCGCCGCCAUGCGGCAGCUCCUCCGCCGGAGCCUCGACUCGCCGCGGGCCACGCCGAGCAGCCCUCGCCGGGAUGUGGAAGAGGGCGGCGGCACCCCCAGCCGCCGGUCACUCGCGCGGCAGAGCAGCUACCUCUCCACAGCGGCCCGGUGA